AUGGCCAACGAAUGUUUGAUAUGUGAAAGGGAAUUAGACAAAGCAGAUGAUUUAGUUACCACAGAUUGUGAUCAUACAUUUCAUCGUCAGUGUGCACAAGAACGUCUCGAUACAAAAAAUAGAACGGAUUGUCGCGCCUGUGGUCAAGUUUCGGCACUUGGUGAUGCACUUGCUCGUCCAAAAAUUGUCAGCGAAGGAGAAUGUUCAAUAUGUGAAAGUUUAUGGACCUUAGAGGAUGAUUUAGUUACUACGGAGUGUGAUCAUACAUUUCAUUAUGCUUGUGCUCAAGAUCGUCUUAAUAAAACAAAUAAAACUGACUGUCGUUCCUGUCAUCAAGAAUCAGCCCUGGGCAAUGCACUUGCUCUAAAGAACUUAACAAAGCAAGGAGAAUGUUCAAUAUGUGAAUUGGAAUGGAACUGGAAAGAUGAUGUUGUAACCACUAUUUGUAAACAUACAUUUCAUCGUCAUUGUGCUCAAGAACGUCUUGAUGAAAGAAAUAGAGCGGAUUGUCGUUCGUGUGGUAAAGGAUCGGCUCUUCGUGAUGCAUUGUCUAGAAAUAAAACGACAACGACUAUGAAAAAAUCAAUGGAAACAAAGUCGGAUGAUAGUGUGAGAGCAGAUACACAUGUUGCUUCAGUGGCCAAAACUGAAGAUACCAUGAAAAAAAAGGAAAAUAUGUGGCAAUGCGAUGCAUGUUCUGGUACUAAUGACGAAUCAGCAAAACGAUGUGUAUUUUGUCGCGUACCAAGAUUCGCUGCGUCAUUUGUUUCGACUGCACAAACACAACGACAAGAAGAGAGAACAACAGACGAAUAUAAUCAAAUUGAAUAUUUGAAUAGAACACCAAAAAAUAAUGACCAUACAUCGUUGUAUUCGAAAGUUCAAGGUAGACUUUGA